UCGAAAAGAGUAUGCUUUUAUUCCUGAAAAGAACUAUUCUUCCUUCUCCAUCAUAUCAGAACUAAGCAUCUGUCAUCUUACCAUACACGCCACUCAUGUAAGCUUUUCAUUAUCUUCUUUAUUCUAUAUAUCUUCUUAGCUUCAACUGUUCCUUAUAAAUAGCCUCUGUUAUCGCCUACACGAAUCACCGUACUCUACUUCCCACUUGAAUUUCCCAGGUUUGAGGGCUUGGAAAGAAGGAAGCGACAGCAUGAAUCCCGAUGUGGCUGGUCCUUCAGAUGUACCCAACAUUAAGUUUAAGAUACCAGGAGAUGAUGAAAUUACGAACUCUGUAUAUGAUCUGUACUGGCAUGCACUCGAGGAUCAGUGGGAUAAAAUGCUACCCUUUGUUGAAAAAUAUCCAAAUUGUGUACGCAUUCAAUUGACUGGAUUAGGCGACAGAGCUCUUCAUGUAGCAGCAAAUGCAGGGAACACUGGUUUUGUUGAAGAGUUGGUUAAGCUUAUGAGGCCAGAAGAUGUGCUAAUACGAAACUCAGAGAAGAUGCUUCCAGUUCACUUAGCUGCUUUAUCUUUCCAUCACAGAAUAGUUCAACUUCUAUGCUCUGACCAUCUGCUUGACAAAAUGGCUUACGAGGAUAUUGAAAACCUCUUUUUUAUGACCAUUAGUAACAACAUGUUUGAUGUGGCCAUUACAUUAUUUGAAAAACAUCCACGUGAAUUGACCUUUGCAAGAGAUGAAGAGGAGCUAACAUCAUUGCAUAUGCUGGCGCGAAAGCCUUAUGAAGUUCUAGGGAGAAAAAUACAUGGCGACACUGAAACAGAAGGAACGGGUAUACAAUUGCUGUAUAAGAUAUGGAAUGUAGUUAAAUAUCUGACUGAUGCUAAAAAACUGAAAAUCGAUGAUAUUUUAGCGUUGACUACUCAACCAUCCGUAGUGUUGUUUGAUGCAAUAGAAUCAGGAAACGGUGCACUUGUAAUAUCGUGCUUUAUGGAUAUUUCUGCAAUACUCAUGACCUUAAAGGACUCUAAUGGACGGAACCUAGUGCACUUGUUCUUUUUAUAUCGACGUUUGGAGUUCUUUAAAGAACUUCUAAAUGAGAGAAAACAGAAGUUACUAAGAGCAGUGGACAAUGAAGGUAACAAUGUUCUACACCUGGCUGCGCUUUUGGCCCCUCAAUUCAAAUCAUUCUCAGGUUUAAGUGCAAAAAUUCAAAUGAAAAAAGAGCUCUCUUGGUUCCAGUAUGCGGAGACAGAAGUUCCCGAUGAAUUAAAGAGUAUGAGAAACAAGAAUGGGAAGACACCAAUUGAUGUAUUUUAUGAUGAACACAACCAGUUAUCAAAAGAUAUCAAAGAAUCUGCUAAAGGAAUAGCCGAUUCUGGGAUGGUUGUGGCAACGCUUGUUGCUUCUGUAGCAUUUGCAGCUGCUCUCACUGUUCCAGGUGAUAAGGGCAAUGCCUGGUUCAUAGUUUUCAUCGUCACAAAUGCAAUCGCAUUGUUCACUUCUUCUGCCUCCAUACUCUCUUUCUUGACAAAUUUCACUUCUUCAAGAUUCGCAGACACUGAAUUUGUUAUAUCACUACAUCCCAGCUUGACUUUUGGCCCUGAGUUACUAAUAAUCUCCGUUGCUGCUAUGGUUGUGGCUUUCAUUGCAGCAUCCUUUCUGAUAUUUGAUUGCACAACAAAAUGGGUUUCUUAUGGAGUGACUCCAAUGGGGAUUUUCCCAUUGCUUGUGUUUAUUCUCUUCCAAUCUAAGUUCUUCGACGACUCCUAUUGGUCUAAAUACUAUCGUCCCGAUCCCAAACUUGGGCGCGAAACUUAAUACUCAGGCACCUACGUUAGCAUCAUUAAGUGUGUUAUCCUAUAUUUUUCUGUGUCUUAAUUACUCAAUGGUUGUAUUCUCCACCUCAUUGUAUAAUUUGUUUGUGAAAUAAUAAAGUUUGUGCUUGAAUUUGAAAUUGUUGAACAUGUACAU